AGCUGGGUGACAUUUGUAUUGGUACAGUACCCUUUGGUAAUUUACACAAUUACAUGCAGAUUUCGUGUAAAAAAAUCCAAAAAAAUGUACAAGAAAUCUCUGCCAUUAAGAGACUUAAGGACAUGCACAUAAAAAUAUAAGUUUACUACGUGAGUAAUAGUGUUUGCGAUAAUUGCGAGUGCGCAUCCCUUUGAUGAUUAAAAAAGGACCUCUAAAAGCAUUUAUAUAAACAAGGGAACGUAUAAAUUAAAAAUUUAACUGUUUUAGUACAAUAAAAAUGGCAAUUGAUACUGGAGAAACACAAAUUAGGUCUAAACGACCUUCAGAUAGUGCAUUUAAACAACAACGAUUACCAGCAUGGCAACCCAUUUUAACUGCAGGAACUGUUCUACCCACAUUCUUUGUAAUUGGUAUUGCAUUCAUACCAGUUGGAAUUGGUUUAUUGUACUUUUCAGACGAAGUUAAAGAGGUGGUCGUAGAUUAUACUAAUUGCAACAGAACACACAUUGGCACUGAUGGUGGAUAUAGCAUUACCACAUUAAAUACAUGUUCAGAUGCAAUUUCAAAAGAUAAAGGUUCUGAGUGUAUAUGCAACAUAUCAUUUACACUGGAAACUGAUUUUCAAGGUAAAGUGUAUCUUUAUUAUGGUUUAAGUAAUUAUUAUCAAAACCACAGGCGAUAUGUUAAAUCUAGGGAUGAUAAGCAAUUAUUAGGACGAACAAGUACCACUUUAUCAAGUGAUUGUUUACCAUUUGCCAGUGACAUUGAUAGUGCUACAGGAAAAGAACUUCCAAUAGCUCCUUGUGGUGCAAUUGCCAAUUCCCUGUUUAAUGAUACCCUCAAAAUUUUUCGAGUAUCUCAGAAUGAGAGAGUGCCCGUCCCUUUGUUAAGAACUGGUAUAGCAUGGGACUCUGAUAAAAAGAUAAAAUUUCAAAACCCUAAUGCUCCAAAAGGAUUACAAGAUGCUUUUAAGGAUUUUACAAAGCCAAAAUAUUGGCAAAAACAUGUUUGGGAGCUUGAUCCUGAUGAUCAGAAUAACAAUGGGUACCAAAAUGAAGAUCUUAUUGUCUGGAUGAGAACUGCAGCCUUGCCGACAUUUAGAAAAUUAUAUCGCAGAGUUGAUCACAACAUUUCUGGUUUUAUGGAUGGCCUUAUGAGGGGAAAGUAUGAGUUACUAGUGAAUUACACUUAUGAUGUGAGUCAUUUUGAUGGGUCUAAAAGAAUGAUUUUGAGUACAACUUCACUUAUAGGUGGAAAAAAUCCAUUCCUAGGAAUUGCUUAUAUAGUUGUUGGUUGUUUAUGCUUGCUAUUAGGCAUAACACUCCUUUUCAUUCAUAUUAAAAUGGGAAAAAGCACCACCGAAAUAAUUAACGUCACUCCUAGAACUCCGUGGACUCCACAGUAGUGAAUCUAGUGAUACACAAAGAAAAAAGUACUUGUUGCCUUAACAGUAUUUUUGAUAACUAACGUUAUAAAUAACAAUCAACAAAUUUUAAAUCUCACCAAAAUUUCUUAGAAAUAGAUAAAAAAUAAAAUGCUUUUUUAUGAAAUAGAAGAUGUAUGUAAUCCAACGAGCUUGAAAUGACGUAAAAGAAAAAACU